AUGGAAGUUGACACUCAACAAGGUCGUAGUAAAAUAACAAAAAUUAAAGACCAGUCUUGUUCUCGUCAGCAAAUUAGCCUCAAAGCCAAUUGUGACGAUUGUAUUGUUGAGGUUAAGCAACUAGGUAUAAAUCCGUCUGGUUUAGAUGGUUUUGCUUUGAAAAGAAAUUGCACAUAUAAAGUUGGACAUGAAAGUAGAAUUGAAGUUCUAUUGAAUAAUUACGUUCACAUAGUUGAAUUUGAGCCUCCACCCGAAGAUUGUACGCCGAUUAAAAACAGAAAAAGAAAAAUAGAAGAUGAAGAUACUUCUUUUAAAAAGAAAAAAUGCAACAAAACUUUAGUACAUACAAAUGAAAAUUUAAACUUAAAGGAAGCUAUGGAAGAUUUUUGGGAAGGAGUUGAUGGAACUGAGUUGUAUAUUUUCACGUCAAAAGGUGUUAAGUCAAGUAAAAAAAUUGCUGCUUUUGAUAUGGAUGGAACUUUGAUCAAAACAAAGUCAGGCAAAGUUCAUCCAGUUGAUACCAAUGACUGGCAGUUAGCUUUUCCCAUUGUGCCUUCCAAGUUAAAGGAACAGUUAGAAAAUGGUUAUAAAGUUGUAAUAAUGAGCAAUCAAGCCCCUAUUGGCAAAGGAAGAGUUUUUAUAGCAACAGGAAGAGGGUUUUAUAGAAAACCUACACCAGGCAUGUGGAAAGUGCUCACUGAAAAGAAAAAUGAUGGUUUACCAGUAGAUAUGAAUGCUAGUUUCUACUGUGGUGAUGCAGCUGGUAGGGUUGCCAAUUGGGCACCUGGUAAAAAAAAAGAUCAUUCCAUGGCUGAUAAAUUGUUAGCUGAAAACCUGGGUCUUAAAUUUUAUACACCUGAGGAAUUCUUUCUUGGACAUUCUGUUGCAAAUGUACCAAUGGCUAAACCAGAUUUUAUUCCUAAAGAACUUGUAUCAGAACCUUUCAACGAUAAUCUUAUAAGUAAAGAAAAAGAGAUACUUGUUUUAGUGGGAUAUCCGGGCAGUGGCAAAUCAUUCCUUGCAAAACAAAUUGAAGAGAAGUCUACAUAUAAAUAUGUAUCUGUAUGUAGAGAUGUGCUUGGCUCAUGGCAAAAAUGUGCGGCUGAGGCAACUAGAUUGUUACAGCAAGGUAAAAGUGUUGUCGUGGACAGUACAAAUCCUGAUGUAGAAUCGCGAGCCCGUUGGACGUCACUCGCGAAAGAAAUGAAAGUAGACUGUCGAUGUGCUAAAAUGACUACCACAAAAUCACAUGCACAGCAUAACAAUAAAUUUAGAGAACUUAUGAAGAUCAACCAUUUGCCUGUAAAUGAUAUUGUUUUCCACUCUUACAAGAAUAAAUAUCAAGAACCAACUACUAAAGAAGGCUUUAAAGAGGUUAUCGAAGUUAAAUUUAAUCCCAGUUUUAGCGACGAAGAAUCUGAAAAAUUGUAUAAAAUGUAUCUGUUAGAGAAAUGA